AUGUCCUUGACCACCGCCCUUAGACCAGUCGGCCUCCCAUUCGGCGGUGGCUCAAGACGAGAAAGCUCAUUGCCCGACAACUCUUCCACGCGACCAUUCCACCAUGAAGUCAACUACAUCAACCUUCACCGCACCCUCAUCCGCUAUCAGCACUUGAUUCUCCUGACGCCGUCCCCCGCUGCCGGCAACACGACAGAACUGACGCCACUGCAACGGCAGGUUCAGGCCGAGCUAUGGUCGCCUUUACCGUACCAUCGCACGAAGUGGCUGCGCAACGUGGAAGGCGCUCGGACAUCGCUGCUACAGUUGGAGAGAAAGGCACAAACUAUUCGCGUACAACGGUCAAAAUAUGAGGCAGUCAAGGAUUUGGCCGAGAAGAGGGCUGUCAUAAAGAGGCUGCGGAACAGAAUAGAGGAAAUCGGGAGGGAGGUUGAGAUGUUGGCUACAGACAAUUGGAAACCUCCGUUUCGAGAUGUCGAGGGCGAAACGGUCUACGACUUUCUGCAAAGGCACGCCGAAUCUCGAGGCCCAACGAGUGUGGUAGGCGAGAAUACCCAAGACGCGCUGCUGGAAGAAGGCAAAACUGUGACGAAAGUGGAGAAAGAGCCCUCUACGCCAGACAAACAGGGUGACGAAGUGACAAAGGAAGAGUUAUUCGGAUCAUCACACCUGCGACGGAGAGGCAAAGGACACGAGGUCCAUCAGCCGCCCGCGCAAACGAGUGGCUUCUCAAACCUACCUGCCACGGAGCGGUCACUGCUGGAUUCCUCGAGGGUGCACGAGGAUAUCACGGCGUCGCUAGUGAACAUGGCAGCUCAACUCAAACAGGAGCAGAGGAAGCUGCAAUUCUCCCUCGAGCAGGACAAGAGCAUCCUUGGACGAGCAAUCGAGGGGCUCGAUGUCAGCCUAAGUGGCAUGGAAGCAGCGAGCAAGAAUAUGAAAUUCCUUCAGCGGAUGAGUGAAGAAGAAGGUUGGCUUGGGAGGCUGAAACUCUAUGCCAUGAUCUUUGGCAUGUGGAUCGUGGCAUUUCUGCUUGUGUUUGUGUGCCCCAAAUUGCGAUUCGGGUGA